AUGGAUGAUUUAGAAAUAGUCUAUAAACUUCGUAAACGAAUAAAUAAUCUUGAAAAUAAAUUAAAAAGUUUGACUUGUGAAAAUGUUCAUAGUAAUCCGGAUAUUAAUAAACAAACUGUCGCUAGAAUUAAUAAAAUUGAAGCACGAAUUAUUAAACUUAAAGGUAUUAAAAAUGAUAAAAUUUAUCAAGUCUAUUCUGGUUUAAGUAACAGACCAAAAACAGUUUCAAUUGUUAUUAAUAUUGAAAUGAUGAAAAUAAAUGAAAUUGAUAUUGGAGAUAAUAUAACAAUAUUAAAAAUGACACCAAUAUCAUUUAAAUUAGAUGAUAAGAAAAAAGGAUUAAAAGAUAUUAUUUAUCCAAUUGAUGCUACUGAUAGAAAUUUAAUUAAUAUUUUAGCACGAUAUAGAACAAUAAUUAAUAAAUCAAAAGAUUUUCGUUCUGAACCAUUUCAAAUUGGCAAAGAUUCAACCGAAACUGUUAUUAUUUUACUUGAUUAUUUUUCACGUGAAUAUGGAGGAGAAAUAUGUUUUACAAGUGAAGAUAUAUCUCAUUGUAAUAGUGCUCAAUAUAUAGUAGGUGGAAUAGCUAAUUUUGGUAGUCUUCAUUUACUUGCUAAUAAUUUAAUACCAACAGCAAAAUUUUCAAUUAAAAUAAAUCUUAAUUAUGAUCGAGAUCUUGCACAAUCUAAUUCAACAAUGAAAAAUUUUAUUAUUGAUUUUAGUAAAUCAAUUGCUCAUCUACUUCAUUGUAAAUAUGAUUUUGUUCGAAUAUUUUCUAUUGAGAAAAUUGAUAAUAAACGUGGAAUAAUACAAGUCAAUUUUGGUAUUACAACAAAUGAUAAAAAUCAAACUGAAUAUCUUGCUCGAUAUUUUCAAACUCUUGUUCGUCGGUCUGAUUUUCGAAAUGAUAAAGUUCUUCGUUUUAUUCAAUCAGAUCGUUAUCAAUAUGAAUUAAAACCUAUCUUAUCCUAUUUUCAACUAAGUUCUAAAGAUUUUAAUAUUAAUUCUAAUUAUUAUUAUAGCCAAACAGAUUUAUUGAAAGAAUAUCGAGCAAGAUAUUCAGUUUGA